AUGAGUUCAAUUCAAUCCAAACCCAAUCCGAAACUAUUCUCGAAUUUCGAUGUGAGUGAUCAAGUUUUUUAUGAAAGUGAAAAUUCAUUAGGAAUCGUAAACUUGAAACCCAUCGUCAAUGGUCAUGUUUUGAUUAUACCCAAACGAAAUUCGAUCCAAAAAUUGAGUCAAUUAGAUGAAAUCGAAUUGAUCGAUUUGUUUAAAACGGUUCAAAUCGUUUCAAAACAAUUAGAAAUCAUUUAUGAAUCUAACAGUUUGACGAUUUCAAUCCAAUAUCUUUCAAUGGAAUUUCUUGAAAACGUUUUCGAAGAAGAAAAAGUAAUCAAGAUUAAACAGGUACCACAUUUACAUGUUCAUAUCCUCCCACGUCAACCAAACGAUUUCAAACAAAACGAUGAAGUAAGCAAACCAAACCCCUCAACCUAA